GCGGCGGGCGCUGUCCAGGCUCUCGUGUGGGUGACACCUGCACCCUUGGUGGCUGGCGGGCGACGGAGGACUCCCCGGGAAGGCGGAGAGGCGACGCAGGAGGCCCCCGGCCACCUUCAGGCCACCGCCGACUCCCCUUGCGUCUGGGAGGCGCUGGCUGCGGCAGAGCCGGGAAGGUCUCGGGACCCCAGGAAGCCCUGAGAGCGGCGGGUCUCGACCCCCACAGAGCCGAAGAUCCAGGUCACGCUCAGACCUCUAGGGUAGAGCUGCGCCGGGGGUUCUCCAUUUUGCUCUCGCCACCAAACAUCUUCUCGCCCACCGGGUUGCUCACCUGCCCACUUCACCUGCCAGAGAUAGUGAAUUCCUCAGAAGAAGAAAAUGGAUUGCAUAUUAAUUGUUCUCUAAGUGUUUGGACUUAACAGUGUGCAGGUUUGUUGCAAAGGCCUAAAGAAGAUGGCAACUCCUUAUGUCCCAGUUCCUAUGCCCAUAGGAAACUCUGCUUCCAAUUUUUCAACCAACAGAAAUCAAAGAAGUUCUUCUUUUGGCAGUAUCUCAACAAGUUCAAACUCUUCCAAAGGCCAGUUAGAAGACUCAAAUAUGGGUAAUUUUAAACAGACAAGUGUCCUUGAUCAAGUGGAUAGUACUUCAUCUGCCUGUAGCAGUCCCCUCAUUAGGACUAAAUUUACAGGUGCAGAUUCUUCCAUUGAGUACUCUGCUAGACCAAGAGAAACUGAAGAACAAAAUCCUGAAACAGUAAAUUGGGAAGAUAGACCAUCUACACCUACUAUACUGGGUUAUGAGGUGAUGGAAGAAAGAGCUAAAUUUACUGUGUAUAAAAUACUAGUAAAGAAAACCCCAGAAGAAAGCUGGGUAGUUUUCAGAAGAUACACUGACUUCUCUAGGCUUAAUGACAAAUUGAAAGAGAUGUUUUCAGGCUUUCGAUUAGCACUUCCACCAAAACGCUGGUUUAAAGAUAAUUACGAUGCUGACUUUUUAGAAGAUAGACAAUUAGGAUUACAAGCAUUUCUUCAAAAUUUAAUAGCUCACAAGGACAUUGCUAACUGCCUUGCAGUGAGAGAAUUUCUUUGUCUGGAUGAUCCACCCGGUCCAUUUGAUAGCCUAGAAGAAAGCAGGGCUUUCUGUGAGACUUUAGAAGAGACUAACUACAAUUUACAGAAAGAACUACUUGAAAAACAAAAAGAGGUGGAAUCACUGAAGAAACUGCUUAAUGAGAAGCAACUUCAUAUAGACAUUUUAGAGAACAGAAUCAGAACAUUGUCUUUAGAACAUGAAGAAUCACUGUCUGUGUCAGGAACAGAAGGUGGACAGAUCCUAAAGGUGGAGUCCUCUGCACUUGAGACUGAUCAAGAUGUCUUGGAUGAAGAAUCUCGAGCUGAUAAUAAGCCAUGCUUAAGUUUUAGUGAACCUGAAAAUGCUGUAUCAGAGAUAGAAGUAGCAGAAGUAGCAUAUAAUGCUGAAGAAUACUAAUUCUUUAAAAAGGAUAAGAGAAAAGGACUGGGAAUCAUUUACAGAAAAGAGCAAGAGUGCACAUAUAUAAAGUUUACAUAAAGCUUUUUUAAGUUAUUGGAAUAGGAAAUAUAUUCACUGCUGCUUUUUGUCUUUUAUACAAACUUGUAUUUAUUACACUAAAAAAAUUUAGUUAGAAUUCUGUUAUCAAGGCCUGUAUUCUUAAAUACUGUGCAUAAAUUAUUGAUGUUUUGCCUAUAUAUUGCUCCAGACAUGUGUGUAGAGUGUGUGUGUGUGUGCGUGUGCGCGCGCGCACGUGUGUGUGUAUUUUAAAUCACCAGUUAUAUUAAAUGGAAAUUAUUUGCAUGUUACUAUCUGGGUGAUAUGUAUACUUCUUUGUAUCUCUGUCAUGACAUAUUUUCAUUGAUGGUUUAAAUCAAUGAACAUCAUAGUAAAGAUAAAGAUGAGUUAAGUUUUAAAUGUUGACAUGUUUACCAUCUCUAAAUAAAAAAUGCUUAUUUGAAAUGUUAAUGCUGUUUAAAAGAAGACUUCCUAGAACCAAAGGAAAACUAUUUGAAAAAGCCGUAGUCUUAUAGCUAAAGUGAGAAAAUAGCCUUGAUUCUAAAAGCUGAUUCGUUAAUAUCAAGAUAGUAUUAGUGUUCCAGUUUAUUAAAUACGUUAUACUUGUUUAUUUUUCACAUAAUCUUUAUCUUAAAUCUCUACCUGGGAAUUCAGUAAGUUUGCCUCUUUCAAAACACUACCUUUUUUGCUAGUCAAGGCAUAUUCUUUUGAAUAUACUACAGAUUCUAAGCAAAUAGGGAGUUAUACAAAAAAAGAAAACAAAUAAAAAGCCAUAUAUACUGCAACAUUCCUAACUAGUUUGACUCCUGGAAUCGCAUUUUUAUUUCUGUAUAUGUGAAGAUGUUGUUUUACUGUAUUAUGGUUGAUUUUCCUGUUAAUAUAUUUAGCCAAGUGAUGCACUUUAUGAUAAUUAAACUCUUUUGUGCCAAGUUUAAUUGGUGAAUUUCUUUAGUAAGUGGAGUGAGGAGAAAGAAUUAUGUAGUGCCUUUACUAUUUCACUUUUUACAAAAGUCUCCUAGGGCCUAUGAGUCAGCUUUAUGAAAAAAAAAUGUUCAUGCUUAUUUCAGCUUUGUGUACAGUUGUUGAAAGUGCCUUGUUUCAUUUUUAUAGUAUGAAGUUAUUUAUUUUCUAUUUCUACUGCUUUGCAUAUUGCUGUUAAUAUGCAUUGUAAUCAUUCUAGCAUUUGGAAAUCCCAGUUGCCAUAUUGAACUGCAUAUGCUUUCUAAAAACUGAGGGAAACUUACUGGGGAAAUAGCAUAACAAUCUCCAUUUUUUUUCUUUACUAUCUAAAAGUUUAUCUGUAUCUAGAUGUACAUAUUAAGAUGUGGUUGUUUAAAAUUUUACUGACAUAGAUCAUCAUAUCCAAUGGCUGUUGCUAACCUGUGAUCCAAAAAGGAGACUACUUUUUACCAAAGUACCAAAAAAUUUUAAGUAUUUGUCAGAAUGCACACUUUCCACAAAGUAUAUUAGAAAUGUGUUUACUAUUCUUAGAGACAGAAAUUAAUAUAAUAAACAAACA